UAAAGAUGGCCGCCUCCUCAGUGCUGUAUUAUUUUCACUUGCAAAUACCCUGAAAGAUCUUCCAACACUCCACUGCUAAUUAAUUAAAAAAAAACCACAAAAAUAAAUUAAAAAUUGUGAAAAACUAAAAAAAGUACCCAGUUAGCGCACAAGUCUCCUGAGCUUCGGUCUUCCAAGUGAAAAGUGACACGUCGAACAAUAAAUAUAUAUAAAGUUCGAUGAGAUUACUGCAGCAAAUGUCAGUUGUUAAGAAUUCACCUACUGCAGCAGGAUGAGGUUAGAAGAGAUGCCACUGAGAAUGACAACAGAGGACCGGGAGCGGGAUUUCGAGAUGGAUGACGAGACUGACUAUCUCAUCCAGCCGGACGAUAAUUUUCGCCCGAUUAUCAAGCGGAACCGCCGGUUGAACGCCUGUGGGCACUUUAUCAAGUGUCUUUUCUGCGGAUGCUGUACAUGGAUGUGGAGAAGAUGUCGGCGGGAACGAGAGUACAAGUCAAGGACAAUCCACCUCGGAAUGCCUAUGACGGAGAAGUUUCCUACAAAUGUCAUCAGAAAUCAGAAAUAUAACAUCAUUACUUUUUUACCACUAGUAUUAUUCCAACAAUUCAAAUUCUUCUUGAACCUGUACUUUCUAAUAAUGGCAAGCUCGCAGUUCAUCCCAGAAAUAAGAAUCGGGUAUCUAUACACCUACUGGGGGCCACUGUGCUUCGUCUUAUCAGUAACAAUCUGCCGAGAGGCAGUGGACGACUACCGGCGCUACAAAAGAGACAAAGAGAUAAACAACCAGAAGUACCAGCGCCUGCUCCGAGGAACAGACCAGCCGGAACUGGUGCCUAGCUCCAAGCUGAAGGUCGGGGACAUGAUAGUAGUCGAGAAAGGCCAGAGAGUACCAGCAGACUUGGUGCUGCUUAGAACCACCGAGAAGUCCGGAGCUUGUUUCGUGAGAACGGACCAACUGGACGGAGAGACUGACUGGAAGUUGCGGCUGGCGGUGCCUCAGACCCAAAAGCUGGAUCACGACAGCCAAUUAUUCGACAUAAAAGCCAGCCUUUAUGUGGAGAAACCCCAGAAGGACAUCCACGGGUUCAUCGGGACGUUCACCCGCGAGGACGAAGGUACUAACGAGGAGAGUCUCGGGGUGGACAACACCCUCUGGGCAAACACAGCUGUAGCUUCUGGGUCAGCUCUAGGAAUUGUUGUCUACACUGGACAGGAGACCCGGUCGCUGAUGAAUCAUUCGGCGCCCAGGUCCAAGAUCGGGCUGCUGGACAGAGAAAUCAACCAGCUGACCAAGGUCCUCUUCUGCGCGGUGAUAGGCCUUUCUCUGGUGAUGAUGUGUCUCAAGGGAUUCGGUGGGCCUUGGUAUUGCUACAUGUUCCGGUUUGUUCUGCUCUUCUCUUAUAUUAUCCCCAUCAGCUUGCGCAUCAACCUCGACAUGGGAAAGACCUUCUAUGCCUGGACUAUUCAGCGAGAUAAGGAGAUCGCCGGGACUGUGGUAAGGACCACGACUAUUCCUGAAGAACUAGGAAGGAUUUCUUAUUUGCUGAGCGAUAAAACUGGAACUUUGACGCAGAACAAGAUGGUUUUUAAGAAACUACACCUGGGAACUGCUUCCUAUGGCCAGGAGACCUUUGAUGAGAUCACUAGUGUCCUCAAGAAUUAUUAUCCGGUGGGUGGAGAAAAUUCACCCUCAAAGACGACCUUGAAUCGCGGGAAGGUCAGGAGGAGUGAAAGCACCAGGAUUUAUGAAGCUGUUCAUGCGCUGGCGCUUUGUCAUAAUGUUACGCCGGUUUAUGAUGAUGUUAAUAAACAGCUGGACACCGUGAGCGUAGAAACAACAGAAACAGAAACCGGUUCAAUCCAAAGCCAAACCGAGUCCGACCGUCACUACUACCCCGAGCAGCAGCGAAACUACCAAGCCUCAAGCCCCGACGAAGUAGCCCUAGUCCGGUGGACGGAAGACAUCGGCCUCACACUGUUCAGCCGCGACCGGACCUCAAUGCAACUAAAAGCGAUCAACGGUCAAAUCCUGUCCUUCACAAUCCUCCAAGUCUUUCCCUUCACCUCCGAGACAAAGCGCAUGGGAAUAAUCGUAAAAGACCUAUCAACCUCCGAAAUAAUGUUCUACCUAAAAGGCGCGGACGUAGUAAUGUCCGGAAUAGUCCAGUACAACGACUGGAUGGACGAGGAGUGCGGAAACAUGGCGCGAGAGGGUCUCCGGACUCUAGUCUUCGCCAAGAAGCACCUGACCGAGGACCAGUACCUAGACUUCGAAACUCGCUAUAACGCAGCUCGUUGCGCCAUGAACGACAGACCAACCCGCGUAGCGGCAGUGAUCGAGUCUCUAGAGCGCGAGAUGGAGCUCAUCUGCGUUACUGGAGUCGAAGACCGUCUCCAGGAGCGAGUCCGCCCGACUUUGGAGCUUCUUCGCAAUGCUGGGAUCAAAAUCUGGAUGCUAACCGGGGACAAGCUUGAAACCGCGACUUGCAUCGCUAAAUCUUCUAGGUUAGUGUCCAGAAAUCAAAGCUUGCACGUGUUCAAGUCCGUGGUUUCAAGGACAGACGCUCAUCUUGAGCUUAAUACCUUCCGCAAGAAGCAAGACUGCGCUCUAGUGAUCGGUGGAGAUUCUCUAGAAGUAUGUCUUCAAUAUUACCAGCAAGAAUUCAUGGAAUUAGCUUGUGGGUCUCCAGCAGUUGUUUGCUGCCGCUGUUCUCCAACCCAAAAAGCUGAUGUGGUGAAAUUAAUCCAGAGCCACACUCAGAAAAGAACUGCUGCGGUUGGAGACGGAGGGAAUGAUGUGUCAAUGAUCCAAGCAGCUGACGCAGGAAUUGGGAUUGAAGGUCUAGAAGGAAGACAAGCUUCCUUAGCAGCUGACUUUUCUAUCUCGCAGUUCAGCCACUUGUCCAACCUGCUAAUAGUCCACGGAAGAAGAAGCUACAAGCGCUCCGCAGCGCUGAGCCAGUUUGUAAUCCACCGAGGGUUAAUAAUCUCCACAAUGCAAGCUGUUUUUUCGGCUGUGUUCUACCUCUCCAGUGUCGCCCUCUACCAGGGGUUCCUGAUAGUAGGCUACGCAACGCUCUUCACUAUGUUCCCUGUGUUCUCAUUGGUGCUUGAUAAAGACGUGAGUAGAGAAGUCGCUAUAAGGUUCCCGGAACUGUACAAGGAACUCAGUAAAGGACGAAGUUUGUCCUACAAGACUUUCUUUAUGUGGGUCUUGAUUAGUAUUUAUCAGGGAGGUGUUAUUAUGUAUGGAGCAUUGGUUAUGUUUGAGGACGAGUUCAUUCAUAUUGUGGCGAUUAGUUUUUCUGCGUUAGUGCUAACAGAACUCAUUAUGGUGGCGCUGACGAUAAGAACUUGGCAUCAUAUUAUGGUUCUAGCGGAGUUUUUGUCUCUAGCGCUUUAUCUGCUGAGCUUGUUUGUUCUCAAGGACUUUGAUAGUGAUUUUAUUACUACGACGGAUUUUCUCUGGAAGGUCUUGGUUAUCACCCUGGUUUCUUGCUUGCCGCUUUAUAUUUUAAAGUUCUUGAGGAAGAAAUUUUCACCGCCUAGUUAUUCUAAGUUGUCGUGAAUUUUGGGGUGGAGAGUGUAUAUUGGAAGAUUUGAGGGAAAAUAGAGUGGAAAAUGUUUUUAAGUUAUGAAAAAUUUAUAUUUUUAUAAGAGAAUAAGAAAAAUUUUUUCGGUUUUUUGAGUUAAAUUUAGUGUCAGAGCAAAGGUCGAAUUUGUGCCUCAAGGUUUUAUAUCAUUUUUACUAAUAGUCAAUUUAUUAUGAUAGUUAGGCUGAAAACUCUCUAGAUACAUAAGA